AUGGAUGGCUAUGCUAACCUCUCUGCCUUGAAGCGUCAGUGUAGUGUCAAGUGGGCUCAGGGUGCCCUCUUAAUGUGGAUUAAUGAUGGUGAUAAGAAUACCAAUUUCUUCCACGCCCUGACCCGUAUUUGUGCCUAUGCUAACCAUAUCUCACAAGUCGUGGAUUCCAAUGGAAACACGUGCUGCGAACAUGAGCACAUUGAGCAAGCCUUCCUGCACUACUAUAAAAAUCUCUGGACCACUCUGAAUAAUACUUCCGUUGGUAUCCUUGACGCUCUUCCCACCGCCCUGCCAUGUCUAUCAGCUACUAAGUCAGAUAUGCUAUGUCGGGAGGUCUCUAGAGACGAAGUGUAUCAUACCAUCUCUGCCCUUCUCGCAGGUAAGUCUCCUGGUCCUGAUGGGUUCAACUCCAAAUUCUUUACAAAGUUUUGGCCUAUCAUUGGGGAUCAGACUGAUACCAUGAACACCCCUAGGAUGUUAAUCAAACUUGAUAUCGAGAAGGCUUACGAUACUAUAGAUUGGAAUGCAAUUCUUGCUAUCAUCUCUUGUAUGAAUUUUCCGGACCAUUGGAUUUCUUGGGUUUCUACGUGCCUUCAGUCUUGCUCCUUUUCCCUUCUGAUUAAUGGCAGCCUCUCUCCUUGGUUCUCCUCUUCCAGAGGAGUCCGUCAAGGUGACCCGAUUUCAUCCUAUCUGUUUAUCUUAGUUUCUCAGACCCUCACUCACAUGCUUAACAUUAGUUUUUCCAUCAACAUGAUCCAUGGUUUUAACCCUAAUCUCUCUAAUAACUUCAACCACCUCAUGUAUGCCGAUGACCUCAUUCUCAUCACGCAGGGCUCUAGAAAAGCUGCCCGUAGUGUUAACCUCUGUCUGGACUUGUAUUCAAAGCUCACUAGUCAAUGCCCCAAUCUGUCCAAAUCUCAUAUUUACUUCCCUUCUUGGUAUAAUAAGCAUGUUUCCAAUCGAAUUUGUUCAAUCCUGAACCUCAAAGCAGCUUCCAUUCCUUUUAAAUAUCUUGGAGUUCUGAUUUCUCCCAAAAGAAUUGCUUCUUCUGCCUUCAUGCACAUCGUAGACAAGAUUAGUCUCACUUAUAAGCGUUGCAGCAAUUUCCACCUCUCCCCAACUGCUAAAACUGUCCUGAUUAAAUCUACUAUCCUUUCAAUUCCCACUUAUACUCUGUCUGUCUACCUAAUCCCAGAUGGAAUUCUAUCCGUGAUCACCAAGGUGGUCAGGAAAUUUUUCUGGAGCAGGGAUAGCAAUGGAAAGGGCAUCCACAAUGUGAGUUGGAAUGUUAUUAAUGAAGGUAAGACUGAGGAGGGAAUUGGUAUCAGGAAUCUUGCUCUCGCUAAAUAUUCUCUAAUGGCCAAGCAUGUUUUCAAAUAUUUGAACAAUGAUGAUGCUAUUUGGGUCAAUAUUCUAAAAUUGAAAUACGGUGAUAUUAAUUUUUGGAAGAACUCCACUCUUGCUAAUUGUUCCUGGAUUUUUCAUAGCAUUUUCCGAACUGAUGAUCGUAUUAAACCAUUCUGUCGUAUCAACUCAGUGAAUGUCAAUUGCACCUCCCUCAACUAG